AUGGUCAACGAUUCGGCCGGAAGUGGUUUAUUUAGGACUGUGAUGGACUUAUCUGCUGCUGCUGCUGCUGCUGCUGCUGCUGCUGCUGCUGCUGCUGCUGCUGCUGCUGCUGCUCCUGCUGCUGCACUACAUAUAAAAGAAAUGGCUCAGGCAAUAACGGAAGAAGUGCAGGAUCCGUUGCACGCAAGUUCCGCAAUUCGAGCUGCUCCGACCAUUCACUCUCCGCCCAGCUCGCAUGGGACCACGGCCAACGGUUCUUGUAUUGAAGAAAGCAGCCCAUCAAAAGAUUUUAAGGAAAACGGAACUGAAUCACAGACCUAUUCCAACGAAUCCCUCUCAAGAAUGGAUGGUGAAAGCAUGAAGCAUGUGAAAGCAACCCGGAAAAUGGAAAGAACAUUAGACGGGUGUAAAGGAGUUGGAGAAGAGGAAGUGUACUCGAACGCCUGCAUAGUCAAGCGCAGACGAACGGACCCUCUGGUAUGUCCAGCUGCAUUAUUUUUCAUUUUAAGAGUUAGCAUUACCUGA